AUGUUUAGCCGACUUGUCCGGCCGGGCGCUUUGCGCGCGGCUUCUAUUCAGACACCUACCUCCGCUCUUGCACGCUUCCAGAUUCGUGGUAUCCAUCGCAUCCCUCAAUUGCAGCAUGACGCGCAGUACAAGCAGAAUGGUAUUUCGGAAUUCAUGUCGCCUGAGGCUUUUGACUUCUCCUGGACCCAAUACCAGUCCCUGCUCGUGGAUAAGCUCAACCUGUUGACACAAGACACUGCUGAUGCGGACGCCAAACCCGGAGAGCUGCUGGUCAAGUACUCCCGGCGCCCGGAGAUGGCCUCGGUCUUCAACUAUGCCUCAAUGGCUCACAACAACCACUUUUUCUUCAACUGCCUGUCUCCCGAAUCCACCACCAUCCCCGAAAAGUUCUCCCGGGACAUUGUCGACACCUGUUCCUCCGUCGAAUCCCUGAAGCUCGACUUCCUCGCUACCGCCAACUCCAUGUUCGGCCCUGGCUUUGUCUGGCUCGCCAAGAACCUCGAGCGUGAGGGUCUGAUGCAGAUCUUCUGUACCUACAACGCCGGCUCCCCCUACCCGGCCGCUCACUCCCGCCGCCAAGGCGUUGAUAUGGCCACUCACACACCCGAGACCGCCCUGGGAAACCAGUUCGCCGGCUCAAUGGGCGCCCAUUCCGCGAACUCGAAGCACUUGGCACCUGGUGCCAUUGACGUGCAGCCUAUUCUGUGUGUUAACACUUGGGAGCAUGUGUGGAUGAUGGACUACGGCAUCGCUGGCAAGGAAGAGUACCUUGAGCGCUGGUGGAACCGAAUCAACUGGGACGUCGUCUUCGACAACUACAAUGCCAUUGGCUCCGCGAAGAGCGCACGAACUGCCGCCCCCGGCACUCGGAGUCUGAGCGGUUAA